AUGGCCCUCACUGAAGCGCAAAUUCGCACCUUGACUACGGUCGAGCGUGUCGCUUCGAUUCUGUCCAUCCUGGGAGUCAUCACGAUCAUCGGCACAUUUGCCUUUUCGCGGCAUUUUCGCAAUCCAAUGCACCGUCUGAUCUUCAUCAAUGCGUUUUAUAAUCUUUUUGAUUUUAUUGCGACGAUGAUCGCUACAAGCGGGCCCGCGGCAGGCAACAGCUCGGCCUUGUGUCAGUUUCAAGGCUUUUGUCUUCAGAUGUUUCCUAUGGCAGAUGUCCUCUGGACGCUGGCGAUGGCCUGCGACGUGUUCCUGGUAGUCUACUAUCAAUUCAGUCUGCAGGCGUUGCGCAAGCUUGAGAUAUGGUAUACUGCUAUCAUCACAUCCAUUGUAUCUAUUCCGGCGAUCGUCUUUUUAUUCAUUCAUACACCGGAGAGAGGGCCCAUGUAUGGUAGCGUAACUCUCUGGUGUUCGAUAUCUCCCAACUGGGUUGUUUUCCGAAUCGCGUUCUACUACGGACCAAUCUGGUUCCUCAUCGUGGCCAUUUUGCUUUUCUACAUCCUCGUCGGUAUCAAAGUAAUCAAACUGCGACACCAGUUCAAUCUCUCCCGUACAGACCACAUCGCUCUGUCUUCCCACAUUUCCACCAGCAACCACGCCCUUGACCAGCACAAAAAUGCCGUCGCUGUCACUGUCCAAAUCGACGUUCAAUCCCAGCCCGCCUCCCAUGUCUAUCCCUCUUCAACCGAACAUAACCCCCACUCAUCGCGCGGAGAAUCAUCCUCCCACAACGCCCCCCUAGAUCAUAAACGAUUCAAGCAUACCAACGUAUCUUUCAGGCAAUACAUCCUCAUGCCAAUGGUGUUCUUUCUUGUCCUGCUGGCCACAUGGGUUGCCCCCACGAUCAAUCGGUUAUCCGCCCUUGUCAACCCGGGCCAUGAGUCGUAUCCGUUGAUGCUCGCUGUCGGAGCAAUGGGAUCGCUGCGAGGGUUUUGGAACGGGGUGGUCUUUAUCACACUGGGAAUGAAGGGCUGGAAGAGGGAGAUGAAGCUGAGAUUGGUUCGAGCUUGA